UUGGUGAGUUGCCACGUCAGCAGGCCACACCAGCAGACCACGUCAGCAGACCACGUCAGCAGGCCACGUCAACAGGCCACGUCAGCAGGCCACGUCAGCCAACAACAGUGCAGUAGCAGGGAGUACCACGUCAGCAGGCCCCCGGCCUGGUCUAUGCUCUUGCGCUCGCAAACAGCCGUCAUGGACCAGACGUCUAGGGAAAUGGACGAGGCCUAUCAGGCCCGGAUGCUGCUUCUGAUUACCGAAGCCAAGCAAUGGUCGGAUGUAGUAGCAGCCGCAACAAAGAAGAAGGCAGAGGAUGCCGAGAAGGCACGUCUGUUGGCAAUCGAACAACAGCGCCAGCAAGACGAGCCAGUAGCAACGGCUGCCGAUGAAGAACGAGUUCAACGACGCGAGAAGAUAUUCAGCGGAGAGCGAGAAUUGUUCACAAUGGAAGCGGAUUGGCGGGCCGAGGCCGAGAACGCCGCCUCCACCAGCUGGGGCAGCGACCCGUCGCCGCCCCCGAUGCCAGCUCUUCCAACACCUCCGAUCGCCUCGAGGCAUUGGAGAUUGACGUCGGAUCCCUCAAGGGCGACGAUGGACCUGAUUCCAUGGUUCUGCAAGUUCGAGCUCAAGUUGCAGCUCCACCAUGUCAGCGAACACAAGCACCACGCGUACUUAUACACCCGGUUGGGGGGCGCGUACCAAGCAUGGUUGGACAAUCUCUUGUCCAAGUACGGAGUGGUGGCUGUCGAGUUGCAUACCAAGAUCAGCCGGGAUGAUCUAAAGGCGGCGUGGCAUAAGCGGUUCCAAGUAGAGCCGCCGAAGAUCAAGGCAAUGGAGAAGUUGAUGACCUUCGGACAAGGCACGCUGCCGAGUGUUGACUGGAUUGCCGAGUACCAACGCUUGACAUCCGUCCCAGACCUGCAAAUGGGCUUCAAGGCCAUCAAACACUACUUCAUCUUGAGGUCGUGUCCGGCGUUGGGCAAUGCCCUGACUCACGUCGAGGACACCCUAACGAGAACGGCGGAGCUCUUCGACAAGGUCGUGCAGAUUAUUGUCACGAACAAGGAGGCCAAGAACCUCCACCGUUCAUCUGCGACAGGCCUGAGCAGAGAUCAGCAUCGGCCGAAAGUGGUCGUGGUCGCGGCAGCAAUGCCAAACGACCAAACUAGCGAGGUCGUGUCUGCUAAUGAAGGGGACAAAAUCGCAGCCGCCCGAGAUGGUGGCCGCCCCGACAAAGACCGAGGACGUGGCAAGACGAAGACAAACACCGCAUCUAGCCCUGGGCCCGACGCAGCAGCUCCAGCCCCAUGGUCCCACUACGGUCUCUCAGAACAGGUGUACAAGGCACGCACGAGAUUCUGCUAUUGUCUGUGGUGCAACAGCGAUCUCCACGAGACACGGUACGAUGACAACAACGCACCGCUCCUCUAUGUCCGCAUCCAAGUUGGGCAAGCGUCCUGCAGCGCUUUGCUGGAUAGCGGCGCGUCUCGCAAUUUCAUGAGCGAAACCUUUAUGCAAAGGGUUGACCUUGGCACACAAGUUCGAAGGAAGGCAAACCCGGCGGCGAUCAGGUUGGCGGACGGAAAGACGCAGCAACUUAUCGACCGCUACAUUGAGGCCGUACCAGUGUAUUUCGCACCUCAUGCAUGCGAACCGGUGACGUUCGACAUUUUAGACACGGACUUCGACGUUAUGUUGGGAAUGCCUUGGCUUGCAAGUGUGGAUCACACGGUCAACUUCCACCCGCAGACUCUUACCGUUCGCGACGCUUUUGACGCCGAAGUGUCGUGUACUAUUCCUCUUCCGCACCCUUCGAUCCGAUGCCAAGUGGUGACGGCCAAGUCAUUCCGGGCUACUUGUGCUUACGAGCAGCCCAACGAAAUCGGCCUAUGCUUCCUACGGACCGUCGCGGUAGCCGACACUUCACCCACGGACUUGUCUUCGGACCCCCGUGUGGUGCGGUUGCUUGACGAGUUCGUCGACAUCUUCGAGUCCCCUACCGGUGUGGUGCCGGAUCGGCCGAUCUCUCACGAGAUCAUUCUUGAGGCUAGUGUCGUGCUGCCUAAAGGUUGCACUUAUCGCAUGACCGAGGAGGAGCUUACGGUCCUCCGCGUGCAACUCGAUGACUUGUUGGACAAGGGCUGGAUCCGCGCUAGUAGCUCUCCAUACAGAGCACCAGUUCUCUUCGUACGGAAGAAGAACAAGGAUCUACGUUUGUGCAUGGACUACCGCAAGCUCAACACGCAAACCGUCAAGAAUGCGGGGCCUCUUCCUCGUAUCGAUGAUCUUCUUGCGCGAUUGGGCGGCGUGAAGUAUUUUUCUAAGUUGGACUUGAAGUCGGGAUAUCAUCAGAUCUCGAUCCGACCGAACGAUCGUUAUAAAUCCGCGUUCAAGAUGCGGUAUGGGCAUUUUGAGUGGGCGGUCAUGUCUGUUAGCCUCACCAACGCCCGGGCGACCUUUCAAGCGGCAAUAACCAACGAGUUUCGUGCAAUGUUGGACCGGUUCGUGCUGGUCUACUUAAACGACAUUCUCGUCUAUAACCGGACAUUGGAGGAUCAUCUUGGGCACCUUCGACGAGUGUUAGAGACUCUCCGCCGCACCAAGUACAAGGCCAACCGCGACAAGUGCGAAUUUGUCCUGCAAGAGCUGGAAUACUUGGGCCAUUUUGUCACACCGGAGGGCAUCAGUCCGUUGUCGGACAAGAUCGAGUCAUCCAAGAGUGGUCGGAACCAUGGAACGUCACGGAUGUCCGUUCGUUCCUUGGCCUACUACCAACGUUUCAUCAAGGGAUAUUCAAAGAUCGCGACCCACUUGACCAAGCUUCAAUGCGAGGAUCGGUCGUUUGACUUCGGAGAGGAUGUGCGAGGAUCAUUUUUGGCUCUCAAAGCCGCGCUAUUAUUUGCUGAGGUCUUGACCCGCUAUUGUCUACACGCGGAAGCGAUUACCAUGAACAUUACCGGACCGUUCCCCAAACACAAGACCUGUGUGGAUGGGAUUCUCGCGGUGGUUAACCGACUCACCAAGUUCGCCAUGUUUUUGCCUUGCUGUUGUCAUGCCAAGGCACCGGAGUUGGUCGAGGUUCUUUACGCCGGUUGGAUUCCAACCAAGGGUUACCCCAAGGAAAUCGUCUGCGACCGCGACACUGAGUUCAUGUUCGAUUUUUGGUUGGCGCUCAUCAAACGAUGGAGCUUAUCUCUCAAGCCAAGUUCGGCUCGCCACCCCCAAACCGAUGGCCAAACGAAGAGGGCGCAUCAGACCGCAGAGGUUCUCCUUCACACUCUCGUCCGUCCCGACCAAAAGGAUUGGGUUGAGCGGCUGCCGGAUGUCGAGUUGGCAUUCAACUCGUCCAUCCACCCGGCCAUCAGGAUGUCGCCCUUCGAGUUCGAGCAUGGCUCGCCGGUCACUUCUCCGUUGGACACAAUCAUUCCACGAACGGCCGAGAGCGAUGACCAUCUUCCUUUCUUGCGUCGAAUGCAAGAGCUACUUGUCAAGGCACGCGACCAGAUGGCUAAGACGCACCAAUGCAUGAGCCAACAGGCCAAUCGCCCGCGUCUUCCUCGCCCAUUCCGCGCCGGCGAUCUCGUUUGGGUUUCCGCCGCGGAAUUCAGCCUUGAACAAGAUAUAUCUUGCAAGCUCCUUCCGAAAUGGAUGGGGCCCUGGCCGAUCGUGGCACCCAUAGGGGAUGCACUCGAAGGACCUUCCUUCACCAUUCAGGUGCCCGCCCACUUGCCCGUCUACCCGGUCUUUCAUUGCUCCAAGUUGGCUCUUUACACACCAGCGGAACAUGACGAUUUUCUUGGGCGACGAUCGCAAGACCCACCCUCUAUGGACGGUUUUCAAGAGGUCGGCGACAUCAUCUCCCAGCGACGCUACGACAACAGGCCAACCGAGUACUUGGUACACUUUGCGUACUGCACUCAUAAGCUGAUCGUUGGUUGACCCAUGCGGAACUCCAAGCAACAGCUCCGGAUAUUCUCGCAUGCUACGAAUGCAAGAUGCAAGGAAAAGCCGGUAUC